AUGACUACAAAUUCUGAUGAGGUGGCUUACACAUUAGUUUACGAUCCGUCCCCUCAAGGUAUAGUUUAUUCUGUAUCUGACUUCCAGAAAUCAUUGGAAAAGGGAUCUGAUAAUGAAAAGAUAGAUACAAUGAAGAAGAUCUUGGUAGCUAUGUUAGAUGGUAAUUCAUUUCCGGAACUUUUGAUGCAUAUUAUUCGGUUUGUUAUGCCUUCUAAGAAUAAAAAGUUAAAGAAAUUGCUGUAUUUUUACUGGGAAAUAGUUCCAAAGUUGGAUUCCGAGGGGAAAUUGAAGCAGGAAAUGAUUUUGGUGUGCAAUUCCAUCCAACAUGAUUUGCAGCAUCCAAAUGAGUACAUUCGAGGCAACACUUUACGGUUUCUAACAAAAUUAAAGGAAGCUGAAUUAUUGGAACAAAUGGUCCCUUCAGUGCGUGCUUGCUUAGAGUACCGCCACGCAUAUGUACGCAAAUAUGCGAUACUGGCCGUUUACUCUAUUUACAAGGUUAGUGAUCACUUAAUUCCCGACGCCUGUGAUAUUCUGGAUUCGUUCCUACUUGCAGAAACCGAUCCAAUUUGUAAAAGAAAUGCUUUUGUUUCAUUGGCGGAGUUGGACCGUGAAUCUGCGCUUAACUACCUACAGAGUAACAUCACUUCUAUUGAAAGUUUGGAUUCUUUGUUACAGGAUACAUUUAUCGAAUUCAUUAGGAGAGAUGCUAUAAGGACGCCAUCUCUCAAACCGCAAUAUGUUGAAUUGCUGCAGGAUAUAUUAUCCAGUACUAAUUCAAAUGAAGUAAUUUAUGAAGCAGCCACAGCUUUAACAGUUUUGACGAAUAAUCCAACGACAUUAAUAAAUGUGACUACUAAGCUCAUUGACCUAGCUGUAAAAGAAUCAGACAAUAGUAUAAAGUUGAUUGUUUUGGAUAAGAUUGAGGAAAUACAAACCAAGAAUCCCAACUCUUUAGAAGAUUUGACACUUGAUAUUUUACGUGUUUUAACAUGCCAAGAUCUGGAUGUGCGCGAAAAGGCACUAGAUAUUUCUUUGGAAUUGGUUGUUUCAAGAAAUGUAGACGAUGUUGUCAAACUCUUAAAGAAAGAACUGCAGUCGACAGUCGAUAAUAACGAUGAAAAAUCCCUGGAGUAUAGGCAGCUUUUGACUCGCUGUAUUCAUCAAGUAGCAACUAGAUUUGUUGAGGUUUCUGCAAAUGUUGUUUCUUUGUUGUUAGAGUUCAUUGGAGAAUUGAACUCAGAGGGUGCAAGCGGAAUUAUUUCCUUUGCUAAGGAAGUUAUUGAGAAAUAUCCACAACUAAGAGAAGAAAUACUACAGGAAUUGAUUGGCGCCAUGCCAAAUAUUAAAUCAGCCAAGGCAUAUAGAGGUGCUUUAUGGGUUUUGGGUGAAUACUCGCAAAGUGAAUCAGACAUUCAAGCUUCAUGGAAGCAUAUCCGCGAGAGCGUUGGAGAACUUCCAAUUUUGCAAUCUGAGUACAAGUUGUUGAAUAAUGCUGAUGGUCAAGAAGAGGAAGUUCAAGAAGCUCCUGUACAUGUCUCUAAAGGACCAACUGUUCUUCCUGAUGGUACAUAUGUUACAGAGUCUGCAUUAACUGUCGAAGCAAUGAAAAAGUCUUUAUCAAAGGAAGAGAAAGAUUCACGCCCUCCCUUACGUCGUUUCAUCUUGAAUGGUUAUUUCUACAGUGCAGCUGUUCUAUCUAACACUAUUGUAAAACUUGUUUUGAGAUUUGCAAAAGUGUCAAAAAAUGAAUCAAUUAUUAAUGGUUUAAAAGCAGAGGCAAUGCUGAUCUUGGUAAGCAUUCUGAGGGUUGGUAAAAGUAAACUUGUCGAAAAGCAAAUAGACGAAGAUUCCGAGGAGAGAAUAAUGCUCGCAAUCUACAUUUUGAUGGAACACUCCGAUGGUCAAGUUCCAGCAAAGGAAAAAGAACUAUUGGAAAUGGCAUACUUAGAUGCUACAAUUUCAUCCUACAAGAAAAGGGUUUCUAUAAACAAACGUAAGGUUGAUAGAAAGAGAGCAUACAGCGUGAGUAGAUCAGCGGACCCAAUUGACAUGCCUAUGACCUUCAGACAAUUUGCUGCCGGCGACAGUAUGCAUACACCGCUAGACACUACGGAUCAGGAUCUAGAACUAGCAUGUAAGGGUGGCUCUUUUGUUGCCAAACAAGAAGCCAACUCUAUCACUUCCAGGCUAAAAAAGAUCGUUCCAUUAACCGGUUUCAGCGACCCUGUGUAUUCCGAAUGUUACAUUAUAACUCAUCAAUUUGACGUUGUAUUGGAGGUUUUAUUGGUCAACCAGACCAAAGAAACUUUAAGGAACCUACAUGUUCAGUUUGCAACUUUAGGUGAUUUGAAGAUUAUUGGAAAUCCUCCUAGUACGAAUAUUAUUCCUCAUGGCUUCCACAGAAUUACUGUUACAGUCAAAGUUUCAAGCGCAGAUACCGGUGUAAUUUUUGGUAAUAUUAUUUACGAUGGUGGCCAUGGAGAGGAUUCUCGUUACGUGAUUUUAAAUGAUGUUCAUGUUGAUACCAUGGAUUACAUUAAACCGGCAUCAUGUGGGGAAGCCGAAUUCCGUAAGAUGUGGAACGCUUUUGAAUGGGAAAACAAGUUAACUGUCAAAUCUAAUCUCCCUACCCUUCAAGCCUAUUUGAAAAAGCUAGUUGAAGUCACACAUAUGAAGGUAUUGACACCAGAAGAAUCAUAUUCAGAUGAAAAUUGUCGCUUCUUGAGUUGCAACUUGUAUUCCAAGUCCACCUUUGGUGAAGACGCAUUAGCAAAUAUUUGUAUUGAAAAGGACCCUGCUACCAAUAGCAUUAUUGGAGAGGUGCGCAUACGUUCCAAGACUCAAGGAUUAGCUUUAACGCAUGGUGACAGUAUUGCACAGAUGGGAAGGGUUGCUAAUACGGUAAGUGUAAAUAGCAUUUAA